UGCAGCAGCGUCUCUUGAUGGGGGCGGUUUGGCGUCAGUCUUUCCCGUCUGGAGUCUGACGCACUACGCCAGCCAAUAAGCUCAUGUAGCACUUCAGCACCCGAGCCCGCUGUGGAAGCAGGAUUUCUUCAAAUAAAAAUGGCAGAUGGCUCCGCUGCCCCUUCCACGCUUCACUCAACGGCUCGUAACGGCUCCGGUAUGAGCUCGGGGACGUGCGCCGGUGGGCACGUCGCGACCACGGUCACCUCCGGGUCUCGGCUGGUCCGCAUCGUCAAGUCGGACUCAGGCUACGGCUUCAACGUCCGCGGGCAAGUAAGCGAAGGAGGGCAGUUAAGGAGCAUUAACGGCGAACUUUACGCCCCGCUGCAGCACGUUAGCGCCGUGUUACCGGGCGGCGCAGCAGACCGAGCAGGAAUCUCAAAGGGUGACCGUAUUCUUGAAGUGAAUGGGGUAAAUGUAGAGGGGGCCACUCAUAAGCAGGUGGUAGAUCUCAUCCGAGCAGGCGAAAAAGAGCUGGUCUUGGCUGUCCUGUCAGUUCCACAACCAGAGAUGGACAGCCUUGAUCCUGGGGACGACGGCUCAUCCCAGUCUUGCUAUGACUACAGCGACAAGCAGGCUGUGCCCAUCUCUGUGCCCACAUACAAACACGUGGAGCAGAACGGGGAGAAGUUUGUAGUCUACAAUGUGUACAUGGCAGGCAGGCAGUUGUGCUCCAAGCGUUAUCGGGAGUUUACCAUCUUGCAUCAGAAUCUGAAGAGGGAAUUUGCAAACUUUGCUUUUCCCAAGCUGCCAGGAAAAUGGCCUUUCUCCCUGUCCGAGCAACAGCUAGACGCUCGCAGGCGAGGGCUGGAAGAAUACUUGGAGAAAGUAUGUUCUGUUCGGGUAAUUGGGGAAAGCGACAUCAUGCAGGAGUUUUUGUCAGAGUCAGAUGAGAACUAUAAUGGUGUUUCAGAUGUGGAACUGAGGAUAGCCAUGCCAGACAAAACUACAGUUAUGGUCCGGGUGCGGAAGAAUUGCACAACAGACCAGGUCUACCAGGCUGUAGUAACAAAGAUUGGGAUGGAUGGCAUUACUGCUAGUUAUUUUGCUCUAUUUGAAGUCAUUAACCACUCCUUUGCAGGCGAUCCAGGCCAUUUAAACUGUCAGGAGAUUGCUGCUGCUCGUGCUGCAUCCGCACAAGCGCGUGAGAGCAACUUCAAGGCUGCAUCCGAAACCAGGAAACUGCUGCCUCCGGAGGCUUCAUACGGAGCACGCAAGCUGGCCCCCAAUGAGUUCCCUCAUAAGCUGUAUGUGCAGAACUACACAUCUGCCAUCCCAGGCACCUGCCUCACACUCCGCAAGUGGCUCUUCACCACAGAGGAGGAGAUUCUGCUCCAUGACAACGAGCUGGCCAUCAACUAUUGCUUCCAUCAGGCUCUGGAUGAUGUGAAAAAGGGAUUCAUCAAAGUGGGGGAGAAAUCCUACCAGCUCCAAAAGCUUACUGAGCAGAGGAAAAUGACCAUGUAUUUAAGUAUUCUAAGGACAUGUGAGGGCUACAAUGAGAUCACUUUCCCUCACUGCUCCUGUGACUCGCGAAGAAAAGGUCACGUCAUCACUGCAAUUAGCAUCCACCACUUCAAACUCCAUGCUUGCACUGAAGAUGGCACUCUAGAGAAUCAGGUGAUCGCGUUUGAAUGGUCAGAAAUGCAGAGAUGGGACACGGAUGAAGAGGGAAUGGCUUUCUGUUUUGAGUAUGCACGAGGGGAGAAGAAACCUCGCUGGGUCAAAAUCUUCACUCCAUACUUCAACUACAUGCAUGAGUGCUUCGAGAGAGUCUUCUGUGAGCUCAAAUGGAGAAAAGAGGUUGAAGAGGAGGCCACAGACAAGGACAAUAAGAACUGCAGUAAAGAUGGUAUGUGCAGUAAGAAUAUCUUCCAGCUGUUGAGACACAGAAGGGAUGGAGGCACAUGAACGAAGAGAUUAUCUCCUCUUGAAUCCUCAAGUACACGCAUAUAAACAAACACUUAUAGCUGCAUACAGAAGUCCAAAUAAGAACUAUUUCAAACCAGACACUUACAGCUUAAUCUACAACUGAUACACACAUAAUUAAGUACUCUCCUUCAAACCCAAGGCUGUCAAAAAAGAAAAUUUAAAGCAGGAAAUUACACAACCACAGUACAGUGAAGAAAAACUAAAAGACUUUACGACUUUCGCCAUCACACAAUUUCAUUGGACUGGACAGAGAUAUGUUGGACAUCGUAGAGGUGACUGCCAGAUCGGGACAGGACGGUAGACAGUGAGACAUCUUAGAGAGGAGAAAGACCGUGAUCUCGCUAUUGUCAAAUGAUAUACGCCAUAUGUACCUACAGAUGGACACAUCCUGGUCUUUGACAUGGCACCAGCAUUGCGAUUGGUCCAGGUGACUAAUUCACGUCGUGUGGCUGGUCACAAGACAAGGUCUUCAGACUGGACACUUUGACAGAUGCAAGUGUUUACACACUUAAGUUCUUGAGGUGGUGUUCCUUGGGAAUGUGGCUAAAAGAGAGAGAGAGAGAGAGAGAGAGAGAGAGAGAGAGAGAGAGAGAGAGAGAGAGAGAGAGAGAGAGAGAGAGAGAGAGAGAGAGAGAGAGAGAGAGAGAGAGAGAGAGAGAGAGAGAGAGAGAGAGAGAGAGAGAGAGAAGUGUGUUAAUUUAAAGACAUGGAAACCUCAACGGUCGAACUAAUGCAUCAUCCUGACACAUGCACAUACACCUGUGAGGGCAGAGAUGCUCUCUCAGAAUGUAUUAAUUUCAAAAAAGUUAAUUAAAAAACAACAAAAAAAUGGAGCAAAAACCAUUAAUACAUUUUUCACUUGGACAAUGAGAGUGAGAGAGGGAAAGAAAACAAGCCUUUUUAACCUAGUUAAAAACAGGGCAAGAGAGACUUUCCAUACUUUUCCACACUAAUUUGCCUGUUACCUCACUAUUGCCACUAUGUUGUCAGUAGGUUUGUACAGAUUUUCAGCCCUUAUGUUGAACUGAGGUUUUAUUUUUAUUUUGUUCUUUCAUCUAUCUUUUAUUCUUUAUAGCAGUAUUUGAUUGCAUUAGCCAUCGCCUGGCCCAGAUGGAAUUUUUAGGACUGAUUUGGGGGGGGGGGGCAAGCUGGAAUUCAAUUAAAUGAGUUUAAAUGUGGUGCAGUGUUCUUAUUGGUACAGCAUGAUCAAAUUAGCCAAAAUAUUUAAUAAAAAACAUGCAACAGGCGGAGAAUAAGUGGAUCUUAUGGGUCAACAUAUGCUGAAUAAUGGCCGUUAGAAUUCAUCUUAGCUUUCUGUUGAGGUAUGCGGGCGUAGAUUCCAUGUUGGCCUGGCCUUCACUCUGGAACAUCAUCCCACAUAUAAUCUGUACCAGUGCUCUGUGUGGGUGCUUUCUCCACAUAUAUGACUUGAGUUGUUUUAACAGUGUUAUGAAUGUGAAACAUUGAAUUGGAAAGCCAGAGUAGUGUUAGUUAUGUGUGUGUGAAUAUGUUGUGUGAACGUUAGGCUGGUUAGUUUGAGUUUCGGGCUGCCAUGCCCUCAUUGAGCAGUAGAUGGCUCUGACCGCACGUGAUGCCAUCUGCCUUUGCUGUCAUUUUAACUGUUUGAGUGUGUAUCUGUUCAAUUUUACUUAUUGUAGCGCAGGCGCAUACAAACCUGUCACUCCAGAGCAGUCAUGACAUGUUUUGCACUUUUUAAAUGAUGUACGUGUGAGUCUGUGUCUGUAUGUUAAAGACUGACAGCAUGCCAUUUCUGUCCUGCACAGAUGACGUUUCUGUGUGUCAUCGCAUUCAUUGACUUUACUAGACAAACCAAGCAAGCAAUUGUGAAUAGAAUGACCGGUGGAUUUGUGUUCUGUUGAAUUACCACAGCUGUCUUACAUAAAUUAUAUGCUGGUUAUCAUGGGGUUUCGCUGAAUCCUGCAAAGCCUCGGCCUAAGCAUAUGGUUAAAAUCUCUUCAUUCUUGUCAAAUGUAUGGCUUGUUGUCAUAGGCUUUUAGAUCAGACUUUAUGUCUGUGUGUAUCUUUUCCCCUCUCUCAUUCUUCAGCUCUACUCUUUCAUUCUCUGUUUGUUUGCUCUGGUUGUGUUCUUUCUCUUUGACUGAAACUUUAAUUUAUUUGAAUAUGAUAUUACACAAAUAUCUCUGUGUACAGUAUUUUCAGCGGUGUGAGUUUUUGGGUAAUCUUUUCAAAUAAGGCACAAAAAGAACAUUUACAAAGCGACUCCAAGUAGUGUAAACUGAAAUAAGCAAUGUAGGACACAUACUGCAAAUAAAACAAAAAAUGCAAGACAAAUGUAUAACUGGAGGUUUUGAACUAGAAACUAAAGUUGACAUGGACAAAACUUUAUGUAAAAGCAAAAUGUUUGGUAAUGUUUGGUCAUAGCAUUAUAUUAAAAUGUAACAUAUUCUUUUAAUUAAAUUGAUUUAUUGACUCCA